AUACUUGUUGGCCCUCCCAGGCUAGACUUCGUGGCUUGUGAUUGCUGCUGGCAGACUGGAUUUGGGCAGAAGGACUCCUGCCUCAUCAGACAGACGUGGCCCCUGCUAGUGCUCCGUGAUGGGCGUGAGAGGUCUGCAGGGAUUCGUGGGCAGCACGUGCCCACAUAUAUGCACAGUGGUGAACUUCAGAGAGCUGGCAGAGCACCACCGUAGCAGGCACCCUGGCUGCCCCCCGACCAUCGUGGUGGAUGCCAUGUGCUGCCUCCGGUACUGGUACACGCCUGAGUCCUGGAUCUGUGGUGGCCAGUGGAGAGAAUACUACUCUGCUCUGAGGGAGUUUGUGAGGACUUUCACUGCUGUCGGCAUCAAACUGAUUUUCUUCUUUGACGGCAUGGUAGAGCAAGAUAAGAGAGAGGAAUGGGUGAAGCGGAGACUCAAGAAUAACAGGGAGAUAGCUCGGAUUUUCCAUUACAUCAGGUCUCACAGGCAGCAGCCCGGCAGAAAUAUGUUCUUCAUACCCUCAGGACUGGCCAUAUUCACACGGUUCGCUUUGAAGUCUCUGGGUCAGGAGACGCUGUGCUCGCUGCAGGAGGCUGACUAUGAGGUGGCGUCCUAUGGCCUCCAGAAUAACUGCCUGGGUAUUCUCGGGGAGGACACCGACUACUUGAUCUAUGACACCUGCCCCUACUUCUCCAUCAGCGAGCUGUCCCUGGACACUCUGGAGACGGUCAUGCUCUGCAGAGACAAGCUCUGCGAGAGCCUGGCCCUGCGCCGGACCGACCUUCCUCUGCUGGCCUGCCUGCUCGGCAACGACAUCGUCCCUGAAGGCGUGUUCGAGAGCUUCCGCUACCGAUGCCUGUCUUCCUACACGGCGGUCCGUGAGGACGUCGACCGCAGAGGCAGCGUCAUCUUGGCGGUGGCAGACCACAUCGCUCAAGUUCUCCAUCUGCACCAGGGCGAGAAAAAGCUGGAAGAGAUGCUUCCACUGGGACAGAACAAAGCUCUUUUUUAUAAGGGACUGGCAUCUUAUCUUUUGCCGGGGCAGGAAUCCCCAUGGCUUUUCCAAAAACCUGAAGAUGUGAUAACUUUGGGCAAAGAGGUAGUCCCCUUGUACGCACACCCAGAGUCCAGCAAGCAGGAAAGCUCUGAGUGCCACCGGCAAGAAGUGCCCAUGUGUGUGGGUUCUGGAUGCAGUCAGGGUUCCUUGGGAGCAGUCUCUGAGCCUCAGCAAGAAGUUUCUCUGCCUGUGUACUCUGAAUCCAAGCAAGAAUCACCUUUAGAUGCAGAACCUGAGUUUGGGCUAGAAGCUGAAACUAAACAUGAAGACUUUGUGAGUAUGGAGCUUGAGAGCCAGCCCCGAGUCACCAUGGUGUCAGACCCUGAAAUCUUAAAGGUUGCGCGAACACAGCACGUGCAGGCAGAGAGCUACCUGGUGUACAACGUGAUGACGAGCGGGGAGAUUGAGUGCAGCAACACCCUGGAGGACGCCCUGGACCAGGCGCUGCCCAGCCAGGCCUUCGUGUACCGCCCCGUGAGGCAACGCGUGUACUCGCUGCUCCUGGGCCACAGCGCUGAUGGCGCUGAUGCCUGCCCCACCGUCAAGGAGUGGUUUGUGUAUGCUGGGAACCCCCUGCAGCAGCCGGACCUCGUCAGGCCACUGCAGCUGAACAUGCCAGGAGGAACACCUAGUUUGAAACGCUUGUGGCUGAACCAAGAGCCUGAAGUACAAGCCCAGCGCUUGGAUGCUCUGCUGGCCUGUUUCGACCUGUCGUCCGCUAGAGAGGAGCUGCAGGAGGUGGAAGACCCCUUUAAAGCACUCUGCUGCCUCUUGACCUACCUGUUUGUGCAGGUGGACACCCUCUGCAUGGAGGACCUCCACACGUUCAUUGCUCAAGCCCUGUGUCUCCAAGGGAAACCUACCGUGCAGCUCAUGGACUUGGAGCUUGACUACAUCGACUCCAGAGCCGUGCAGCUCGGCUCACUCUUCGUCCGCGGCCUCACCACCCUGGUGCUGGUCAACAGCGCCUGUGGCUUUCCCUGGAGCAUGAGCGACUUCAUGCCCUGGAACGUGUUUGACGGGAAGCUCUUCCACCAGAAGUACCUGCUGUCGGAGACAGGGCACAGUGUGGAGGCCCUUGUGGAACAGAACGGAGGUGGGAGCGAGAGGGCUCCAGUUCCCACAGGACAAGUUCCGGGCACAGCCGGUCUGGCCAAGGACAGCACUGGAGAGACCAGGCAUCAGGAAGUCGAUCAUAUGAGCCUGACCAGUGGAGAAGGUAUUCCUCAUCGUCUGGGUGGUCCAACUAAUGCGUGCCGUAGGGGCAGCCAUUCUUGGUCAGCCAGGUCAGUAUGUGUUGCUCUGUGUUGCCGACAUAGACGUGAGUACACACUGAGAUUGAAGGGUUCGAGACGAAGACUCCGGGCCUCUAAGGAGCACAGAUGGACAGCACCCUGCAUCCCCACACCCUUUGGCAAGAGGGCGUGGGCGUCCGCCCUGCCAGGCACCGAUGUGUUUCACUUGCCAACUCUGAGUUUUUGGACCAUGUGUGUCUCACUGGGGGUACCCCAUUGUAAGGGGACCCACAGGUUCAUGUCACCAUUUGCUCCAACCGGGAAUCCAUCCAGGUUACCCUGAUUCAAAGAAGGGAGC